AGCACUGACCACAACCGAUGACAGCCAUGGUUGCUGGCCAUCAUCAGCUCGUGUAAAAUUUCAUAAUUUAAUACCAGCAAUAGUUUUUCGUUCUUUUCCUCGUUUAUCCAACGCUUUCUUCAUAUUUUUUGUCUCAGGGCCAAUAACACAAAACCACUGACAGGUGUGUCCGGAAACACCGGCAAUACCCCCUUGCGGGGCUCAACAAUCUGUGUGCUCUUCCCGCGAAGUAGUGAAAAAGACAAAUUGACUGGCCACCAUUAGAGUAGAAACGAAACCGUCCACCGAAGAAAAUGGCGAGUGGUGGAGAGGGCCCUUCAUCCUCUAGGUCGAAUCAAACAGAAGGGCAUAACACCUUCGAGGAUUUUAUUUCGCAGUUCAACGCACGAGCCUCACUUCAAGGAGGAACAUCAAACGGAGGUGCUUCUUUCGGAUAUGGAUCGUCGAUGGAAGCAAGCUGGUCUGAUGGGUCUUCCGUUUUGAAACCAACUGCGGCGGAAUUUUUUCCUCGUUGGCAGCGCCAGGAUGAUGGUAAUUCUGUUAAUAACAGUGAGGGUAGCGAGCAGCCUCACGGAGGAAGAGUAUCAGGAGCCAUUCGAAAACAAUACGAUGGUGGACAGAAGUGGGGCAACCGGAGAAAUAAUCGCAACGGUGAUAGGCAGGGAUUUGCAAGAAAUCGUGAACGCAACAACGGCGGGGAGGAGAGAAAUUUUGAUGGUGAGGAAAAACGAUUUUUCGAUGGUCCUCAACAUUUUCCUAGGGAAAAUCGAAGACCACAGCAACAUCAACACCAACAGCCAAAUGGAAGAUGGAAGGGAAAUGUUGGAGGUCGAUUCCGUGGCAAUACACGUGGAGAAAGGAACGAUCAGGACAGAUUCACAACUCAAGCAAACGGAAGCAAAGAAACCGAACCGAAGUACGAACGAAAGCAAAAUGGAUAUCAAAAAAACCGUGCCCGCCUAGAGAAGUUGGAGGCCAAAAUCACUUCCAAGUGUUCACAGCGUGAGAAACUUAUCCGAGAGUUGGACUCUUCCAAAUUGGAGUGUCUUGUGUGUUGCGAUUUGGUGUGGCCGAACCAAUCCAUUUGGUCAUGUCCCAACUGCUAUCACAUUCUGCACCUCAAUUGUACCACUAAGUGGGCGAGUAGCUCAAAAUCGGACGAUGGUUGGCGUUGUCCAGCUUGUCAGAAUAUUUCCAAAAAAAUCCCCCGGGAAUAUUAUUGUUUUUGUGGUAAACAGAAAAAUCCUCAGUACAAUAGGAAUGACGUAGCGCAUUCCUGUGGUGAGCUCUGCGGUCGUGAGGAGCUUUGCGAUCAUGCCUGCACUUUGCUGUGCCAUCCAGGGCCUUGUCCUCCGUGCCAGGCGUUAGUCCAGCGGCAGUGCGGUUGUGGUAGAGAAUCUAAACCGAUGCAGUGUAGCCAGAAGGACGAGUUCUUCUGUCAGGCCAUCUGUGACAAGGCACUGAACUGUAAUGUGCAUGCCUGUCAACAGCAGUGUCACAGUGGCGAAUGUCAACAAUGCGACAGAACCGUCGAGCAUCGAUGCUUUUGUGAAAAAGAGAAGAAAAACGUCACUUGCACGGUUGACCAUUUGGACAAUACCCGCUUUUGUUGCGGUGCAAGUUGUGAUGCGCAGCUCAAUUGUGGUAAUCAUAAAUGUGUCAAAAUUUGUCAUGCCGGACCAUGCGGUGAAUGUGAACUAUCUCCUACUUUGAUAACGUCCUGUCCCUGCGGAAGACAAGCCGUUGUUAGUGGGGAAAGAGAAUCUUGUCUGGAUCCCAUUCCGGUGUGCAAAGGAGUAUGCGCCAAACAGUUGGUUUGUGGUAAUCCAGGUUCACAUCACGUGUGUUCCGCACGGUGCCAUCUCGGGGACUGUCCCCCUUGUAACAAAUCUACGGUUGUGAAAUGUCGUUGCGGUCACAUGGACCAACAGAUCAAAUGUAAACAAUUGAAAACUCGCGCCGAUGAUGCCAGAUGCAAAAAGCGCUGCACAAAAAUGCGAAGCUGUGCCAAACACCGUUGCAAUCAGGAAUGUUGCAUCGAUUACGAUCACACUUGUCCGAAAACUUGCUCCCAGAUGUUGUCCUGUGGUCGCCAUCGUUGCGACAAACCAUGCCACAAGGGCUCCUGUCAGACCUGUCACCGUGUUUCCUUCGACGAACUAACCUGUGAAUGUGGAUCGAGCGUCAUCUUCCCACCAGUGCCUUGCGGAACGAAGAAACCACUCUGUGAUAAGCCCUGCUUACGACGGCAUCCAUGUUCUCAUCCGGUACUGCACAACUGCCACUCCGAUCCGGAAUGUCCACCGUGCGUCGUGCUGACCACCCAGCACUGUUACGGCAAACAUGAACAGCGUAAAACAAUUCCCUGCUAUCAGAACUCAUUCAGCUGUGGGCUUCCGUGCGCCAAGCCACUGCCAUGCGGUCGACAUAAAUGCAUCAAACCGUGUCACGAAAAUCAAUGCUUUGCCGAGGGAGAAAUUUGCAAACAGCACUGCACCAUGGCUCGGACCACCUGCUCACAUCAGUGUAAGGCACCGUGUCACGACGGCGAAUGUCCCCAGGAUUUGCCGUGCAAGGAAGUAGUCGAGGUGACAUGCGAGUGUGGAAAUCGCAAACAGAACCGGACCUGUCACGAUUUCAGCAAAGAAUAUCGUCGGAUCACGUCGGCCCAACUGGCAUCGUCCAUGCAGGAAAUGCAACGGGGCGGGUCGGUUGAACUGAGCGAUAUUCUCGGGCCAGUCAAAGCGAAGAACAACAAAACCUUGGAAUGUAACGAUGAGUGCCGCACCCUGGAACGAAACCGGCGGCUUGCCAUCGGUCUACAGAUUCGCAAUCCCGAUUUGUCAUCCAAGCUUCAACCGAACUAUUCGGACUUUCUGAAAACGUACGCCAAGAAGGACCCCACUUUGAUAAAAAUGAUUCACGAAAAGCUAACCGAACUGGUCAAACUGGCCAAGGAAAGCAAAAAGUCCCGUAGCCACUCGUUCCCGGUGAUGAACCGCGACAAACGAAACGUGGUACAUGAGAUGUGUCGAAUGUUUGGCGUCGAAUCAGUCGCGUACGAUGCCGAACCGAAUCGGAACGUUGUCGCUACUGCGGAUCGUUUUUCGUCGUGGCUGCCCAGCAUGAGCCUACUGGAAGUCAUUCAACGUGAAAAUGGCCAACGACGUGUUAUUUUGCCGAAUUUGAACGCUUGGGGAAGAACGGGAAGCAGCACCAAAUGAUCGAUUGUUGUGUUUUGUUUAAGUUUUCCCUUUUUUCUUUCUUUUGCUUUGCUACCCAGCUAUUCAUCGCUUAUCAAUAGGCACGUCGAUUGCCCAAGUAACGCUUUAUCUAUUUUUUACAAUGAUCCCACUUUCAACAGGGUAAAAAAUGUCAAUUGUAUGCAGUAUAGCAUCAUAACGAUAAAUUCCAAAUUCGAAAAUUAUCACUACAAUUUCUACAUUAUACAGGUCAUUCCGGGUAAA